CUGCUCGCUCCUCGCAUCCCUUCGGAGCUCGGGAAGUAGCAGGAGGAGGGAAGAAAGCAGCAGCCUGCCCUCCGCGCGGAAGCAAAGCCGGGCGCUCCGCUUGCAAGGGCCCUUAAAGGCUGCCUGUAUCCUCCUCCCUUGCAGCGCUCGCCGCUUGGCAAGCCGAGAUGGCCGUUCCCCUGACCGACAGCGAGAAGAGGAAGCAGAUAAGCGUGCGGGGCAUCGCCGGGCUGGGGGAUGUGGCCGAGAUUCGGAAGAGCUUCAACCGGCAUCUUCAUUUCACGCUCGUCAAAGACAGGAACGUGGCCACCCCGCGGGAUUAUUAUUUCGCUUUGGCACACACUGUCAGAGAUCAUUUGGUGGGACGUUGGAUCCGGACGCAGCAGUAUUAUUAUGAGAAGGACCCCAAGCGUAUUUAUUACCUGUCUUUGGAAUUCUACAUGGGCCGAACACUUCAAAACACCAUGGUGAAUCUAGGCUUGCAGAAUGCCUGUGACGAAGCAAUUUAUCAGCUUGGACUGGACCUGGAAGAGCUGGAAGAGAUUGAGGAAGAUGCUGGCCUUGGCAAUGGGGGUCUGGGGCGUCUAGCAGCUUGCUUUCUGGAUUCUAUGGCAACACUAGGACUUGCAGCCUAUGGCUAUGGCAUCCGCUAUGAAUUUGGAAUUUUUAAUCAGAAGAUUGUUGAUGGCUGGCAGGUGGAAGAAGCUGAUGAUUGGCUACGUUAUGGCAAUCCUUGGGAAAAAGCCCGCCCAGAGUACAUGCUCCCUGUGCACUUCUAUGGCCGAGUGGAUCACACUCCGGAUGGCAUUAAAUGGGUUGAUACUCAGGUAGUGCUUGCCAUGCCUUACGACACUCCUGUUCCAGGAUACAAGAACAAUACAGUCAACACUAUGAGGCUGUGGUCUGCCAAAGCUCCCAAUGACUUCAACCUUGAAGAAUUUAAUGUUGGUGAUUAUAUCCAGGCAGUGUUGGACAGAAACUUGGCAGAAAACAUCUCCAGAGUACUGUAUCCAAACGAUAAUUUCUUUGAAGGGAAAGAGCUGCGUUUGAAACAGGAGUACUUUGUGGUAGCGGCCACUCUCCAGGAUAUCAUACGGCGAUUCAAGUCUUCCAAAUUUGGUUGUCGGGACCCCGUCAGAACCUGUUUUGAAACUUUCCCUGACAAGGUUGCCAUUCAGCUAAAUGACACCCAUCCUGCCCUUGCUAUUCCUGAGCUCAUGAGAAUUCUCAUUGAUGUUGAAAAAAUGGAGUGGGAUAAGGCCUGGGAAAUAACAAGAAGAACCUGUGCGUAUACCAACCAUACGGUGCUGCCUGAAGCCCUGGAACGCUGGCCUGUCUCUAUGUUUGAAAAACUCCUGCCAAGGCACCUGGAGAUUAUUUAUGCGAUCAACCAAAAACAUCUGGAUCAUGUGGCAGCCCUUUACCCAGGAGAUAUUGACCGUCUCCGAAGGAUGUCUGUGAUUGAGGAGGGCGACUGCAAGAGGAUCAACAUGGCUCAUCUCUGUGUUAUCGGUGCUCAUGCAGUCAACGGUGUGGCCAGGAUCCACUCAGAAAUUGUAAAGAAUUCUGUUUUCAAGGAUUUCUAUGAGUUGGAGCCAGAGAAGUUUCAGAACAAGACUAAUGGCAUUACUCCUAGGCGUUGGCUUCUGCUGUGCAACCCAGGACUCUCUGAUGUCAUUGUGGAGAGAAUUGGAGAAGAUUUCAUAACUGAUUUGAGUCUGUUGAAGAAGCUGUUGGAUUUUGUUGAUGAUGAGGCCUUUAUCAGGGAUGUAGCCAAAGUUAAACAGGAGAACAAGCUGAAGUUCUCUGCUUAUUUGGAAGAACAGUACAAGGUGAAGAUCAACCCUUCCUCUUUGUUUGACGUACAUGUCAAGAGGAUUCAUGAGUACAAGAGGCAGCUCCUCAAUUGCCUACAUAUCAUCACUCUCUAUAACCGUAUUAGAAAAGACCCCAAAAAGUCCUAUGUGCCAAGAACUGUUAUGAUUGGAGGAAAGGCUGCUCCUGGCUACCACAUGGCAAAAAUGAUUAUUAAACUGAUCACAUCCAUUGGGGACGUUAUCAAUAAUGAUCCUUACAUAGGAGACAGACUGAAAGUCAUCUUCUUGGAGAACUACAGAGUGUCCCUUGCUGAGAAAGUGAUUCCAGCUGCAGACCUGUCUGAACAGAUCUCUACAGCUGGGACUGAGGCUUCAGGAACAGGAAAUAUGAAAUUCAUGCUGAAUGGAGCCCUCACAAUUGGGACCAUGGAUGGUGCCAAUGUGGAGAUGGCAGAGGAAGCUGGAGAAAAUAACCUCUUCAUUUUUGGCAUGCGGGUGGAGGAUGUGGAAGCAAUGGAUAAGAAAGGGUACAAUGCUAAGGAAUACUAUGAUAGGGUCCCAGAGCUCAGACAAGCUAUUGAUCAAAUUAAUAACGGCUUCUUCUCGCCAAAUGAUCCAGGUUGCUUCCGAGAUGUUGUCAACAUGCUGAAGUACCAUGACAGGUUUAAGGUGUUUGCUGAUUAUGAAGCCUAUAUCAAAUGUCAAGGGCAAGUGGACCAGUUGUUCAUGAAUCCCAGAGAGUGGACUAAAAAGGUGAUAAAGAACAUUGCAUGCUCUGGCAAGUUUUCCAGCGACAGGACAAUCACGGAGUAUGCCAGAGAAAUCUGGGGAGUGGAGCCUUCUGCUGUGAAGAUCCCCUCUCCUAACAUUCCCAGGGAGUAAUCGGCUGCAGAGGUGCACAUGAAACACCCUGGUCAGCUUGCCCCUGAGGCACUCCUGCUUCCCAACAAAUUUUCCACAGAUGAAUUCAACGUGCAUUUUACCACCCGUCAGUAGUCUCAUAUUUAUAAAAGACAUGGUGGUUACUUGAAAUGGAGAUGACUGGUGCUGUGGCUGAGAAUGGUAAUCAUGAUAGCAGAAUAAAUGGGGUGUGUGUGUGAAAUUGAUCAAAGUCCAGCUGACGAUUGGGAUGGAUGGAAGCAAGAUCUAAAGCAGUGAGCUCAAGAAAGGCAAAUCAGAUGGAGUCAUUCUCUCUGUUAAUGCUCAUAUUUAACCAAUGCAGUUUAUUUGCAUGUACUGUGUGUCAAGAUGGUACCUGAAUUUUCAGACUCUUAUGUUCGUAGCAAGUCAUCCUGCUUAGUAACUAAAUGGGAUCCUAGGUCUAUUUGGAAAGUUGGCUUGUGAGCAAGAACCUGGCUCUGGUGGGUUGAAUGAAUCAUUUUCUCUGAAUAAACAGGUGCUGCCCUUUAGAGAGAGGCGAAACAAGGGCUAGUUGGAGCCCUUCUAUGGCCCUGAGAAGUGUGUUUUGCCAGUUCCUUGUCAUAAAGAGAUUUCUGCCCUGUCUGUUGUAAACCUGUGAUGACCACAAGUUGUUGUCAAUAACCAUUGCCAUUUCACUAAGCAAUUUGCAUGCAUUGUAAUGAAUUAUUUAUCAAGAACAUUGAAAUAAAUUACUAAAUAUAUGGAAAGAGUUGGCCAUGAGACACUUAACAGCAUUCAGUGGUGUUAGGGACUAUGAACACUGUUAACAUUGCUGAGUUGCGAACGUUCCAUUGUAGCAUUAUUAAUGGAAAGCAGCACACAAGAGUACACUGUGAAAGCACAUCUUCUGUGUUUACCCUUGCCACCAUCUUUGUAGGGACAGGCCUACACAACUGGUAACCCAUUAAGUGUAUUGCAUGAUCUACCAUCAUGUGCUCAUUCAUCUCCAGGGCAAAAGUAAGCUGCCAAACUUGGUGGAUGGGACUGCAUUUGACUUGGCAAGUUACAAGUUGAACAGCCCUUCCAAAGCAGUCACAUUAAGGGAUGCUUAUUACAGUCUCAUUUCUGUUGUAGCCAGAAGACCCACCUUGAAGCAGUCAUAUCUUCAUUUCCAAUCAGUAGACUUCAUGCAUCACUAGAUGCCACAUUCCUACCUUAAUAAAAGAAAACAGCACCCACUGUUCAAGACCUUUGAAGGUUUAAUUUUAGGUAAAUAUUCAGAAAUCUUUGUCUAUAUUUGCACUAUAGUGUGAGCUAGUAAUUGAGUUGGGAUAACAGUUUAAGGGAAAUGUACAAUUUGGGGAAGAUCUUCCCUUUUUGGCCUAAAUCGGCAAUGCAGUUUGUACUUCAGUGUAAAAUAUCAGGAUCUGAAAUGCAGGUCACAUGGAUGUACUACCCAAGCAAGUUCCAAAACAAGAGUUCAUUAAAACAGAUACUAAAUUUGCUUUUUCAAUUGUCAGGAAUUAUACUCAGCUAGUAUUAAUGUGAGGAAAUGUUGAAAAACUUCACAUUCACAUUCAACAGUGACCUUAUGCUCUGAGUUUUUGGUCUCUGCACAAAGUGGACCAAGAUACUUAAGAUAUAAGAAAUCAUAUCAUAGGAACUAUGACUAGGUGAUCCAUUUGGUCCCCUCUGAUUCCUGGCUUUCUAUGAAAAUACUUAGAAAUGGGAGAAACUAAAGACUGCCUCAUGCACAAACAUAGCUUCAUUUCUUGUUUUGUUUUCUGUAGUCUACUGGCAGCUGAAAGUGUGAACUGACUCCACUGAAAAUAUAAUUUUAAUGAAAGAGCAUCUGCAGUGUAAUAUUUGUCAUGGGCCAUUUGCAUGUAUAGAUCAUUUGAUGUUAGUCAUCCAGUGAAAAACAGACAUGUGCAAACAUGUUCAAUAGACAUUUUAAGACAAGGGCUAGCUUUAAAGUGGGUAGACAUUUCUGAAACCACUGCUGUUUUUUUGCAGAGCAUUCUAUAAUUGUUCUUCAAAAAUAUUGUACAAUCACUGCAGAGCUAAAUACUGUGCUUUAUUCCAGGCGAGACCAUCUCCUCUUGUCCUGAUUAGGUUGCACUCCAUCAAAACACCCUGAUCUCAUAAUGGACCCAAGGGAGCUCUCAAUGUGCACCUAACUAGCUUGCUCUUCAGAAGGGCUUUUCCAUUUUCUUCCAUGCAGGCGCAGUUCUGUUUACAUUCCUUUGCACCCACAGAGCUGUCCCUCCAUUUAAGUGAAUAGGAGUCUGUGCAGUGGUGUGCAAGUAUUGCAGCACAUAUAAAGUUUGGGGGAGAGAAAUGCUCAUGCUGUAUCGUUUGUGUUCAUUUGAUCAACAAGGGUUUUCUAGAACUCAAUUUUAUGCAUUAGAGCUAAAGCUGUUAAACCAAUUCUUUAACAUUUUAAGUCUGGUAUCAGUUCCAUUGCUUUUGUAUCAGUCUUGUCUUGCUGCCCACAAAAAAAUUCCAGUUGUCAAGAGAAUGAAUUACAAGAGAGAAAGUGAAGGUUUGAUUUCUGUUUUAAACAACCUGGAAUUACAUCACACAAUCACUGUUAAGCAUAAACAGUUGCAUGCAUGCCAAUACUCUCAUAAUAUCUCGGGGGGGGGGGGGUUGUACUGCACUUUGGCUGAUAAUUCUUCAUUGUCUUGUUGAGAUUUUAUUAUUGGCAUUUUAGCACUGUGAGCCACUCCUCCCUUCUAAAGAUGGCAUCUCUUCAGACAAGAAAUUGCCUACAGUAAGCUUCAACAGGAGAACUGGUGAUGGCUGAAUUUCUGAUUUACCAAAAUGCUCAAUUGCUUGCAAAAUAUGUGUUUUGUCACUUUCAUAGCACUGUGGACUUUUGAGUGUGUGUGUUUAUAAUAUUCCUGUUAUUCUUGAGUGCUUUCAACCUUAUUAAACCAAAUUGCACAUUUC